UACAGCAGGGGGUUGGGACUUAAACGUCCCUUCCGACCCAAACCAUUCUAUGAUUCUAUUACACAAAUUAAGAUUCCACCAAAACCACAUUCCCGAUACAUCUCCGAUAGGAGGGCUCAGCCCCAGGCCGAGCAGCGCAGCCCUCGCUGGGGCGGGCCGAGCCCCCUCCGCGCCGCCGCGCAUGCCCGCCGAUGCCGGCUGUAGUGGCCGCACCGGCUGUGCCGCCCGCCCGCCGCCACGCGGCGCUCCCUGCUUUUGCUGCACGGCAGGGCGCGGUAGCCGGUUGGGCGGCAAAGAAACACCGGCUCUCCGUUCCCGGCCCGACCGCCGGCAGGGCGGGGAGCACCGGGGAAGCACAGCUCCACGGGGAACCGCAGCUCCUCACCGCGGAGCUCCCGCCGGCCUCAGGAUGUGGAAGCUGGUGCCCGCCGCACGACCAGGAGAGCCGUUUCGACUUUUAGUUGGUACCGAAUAUGUUGUUGGACGCAAAAAUUGUGCUAUUUUAAUUCAGGAUGAUCAAUCAAUCAGUCGAAGUCAUGCAGUUCUGACAGUAAGUCGUCCUGAAACAACCCAUAGCCAGUCUGUUUCAGUCCCCGUGUUAACAAUCAAAGACACUUCCAAGUAUGGUACUUUUGUUAAUGGAUCAAAAUUGAGUGGCACUUCAAGGUCUUUGCAGUCUGGUGACAGAGUAAAUUUUGGAGUCUUUGAGAGCAAGUUUAGAGUGGAAUAUGAAUCUUUAGUUGUUUGCUCCUCAUGUUUAGAUGCUGCUCAGAAAAAUGCUUUAAAUGAAGCCAUCCAGCAGCUCGGAGGGCUUGUUGUGAAUGAAUGGACAAAAGAAUGUACUCACCUAAUAAUGGCAUCAGUAAAAGUUACUGUUAAGACAAUAUGUGCUUUGAUUUGUGGACGACCAAUUGUAAAACCAGAGUUUUUUAAUGAAUUAAUGAAGGCUGUUCAGUCCAGGCAACAAUUGCCGACUCCUGAAAACUUUUAUCCUUCAGUUGAUGAGCCUUCCAUUGGUAUUGAUAACAUGGAUUUAUCUGGACAUCCUGAAAGGAAAAAAAUAUUCAGUGGAAAAACUUUUGUAUUUCUGACUGCCAAGCAGCACAAGAAACUGGGUCCAGCAGUUAUUCUUGGAGGAGGAGAAGCAAAACUGAUGACAGAGGGAAGAAAAGAAACUUCUUUACUGGUUUCUCCUGAAGUUUGUGUUGUUGAUGUUGGGAUGACAAACUCUCAGAUCCUAGGAUCUGAGUCCAUGAGAAACUGGACUGAUUCCAUUCUGACUGUCUUAGAAAGCAACAAUCUCAGGGCUAUUCCUGAAGCAGAAAUUGGAUUGGCAGUUAUUUUCAUGUCUACAGAAAGAUACUGCAACCCCCAGAGGCAGCCUGAUAACAAAGCUGUAACUGCAAGUACUGCAUCAGGAGCCGGGCCAGCCAUUUCUCAGAGUUUGGCUGUGAAUGAAACAAUAAUGCCAACUGCUGCUGCAGAUAACAGUGCAUUAUAUAUAGCUGAUACAGAAAUUGAAGAGCAGACAUGUAUGGAGAUAGAGAAGACGACUUCUCAGACAAAGAGGAGAGAAAAAGGGGCUUUCCAGCAAACUGCUGUAAAGGAGAACCCUAGCACAAGUGGCACUGCAAAUACAGGAACAUUAAUAGCUAAAGUAAACAGAACACCUGGGUUUAGUCAAAAAAAUCAUCCAGUAUCUCCAUCUAAAAUUUUGGAAGUUGAUAAACCUAGAGAGUGCACUCCACGUCAGCAGUCUAAUUCAAUUACAAAUUACUUCCAUGUUGCUAGGAAAAGGGAAAGAACUGAAGAAGGAGAAGAAACAUCUGUACCCAAACUAGCAAAACUGGAGAAAAGGCCGUUACCUGUUUCCAAGUCCACUGAAUCCUCAGCUUCAUCAACAUGGAACAGUGAAAAAGAACAGCAUCAAAAGGAAAAUAACAUCCAAUUUAGAAGGGAAAGUGGUGAAAUAGCAAGUAAUAAAACUGACACUAAAAUUACUUUUAGUGAAAAUCCUGCACCGAAGAAAAGAAAGGAGUUAGAUGAUGCAUCUGAAGAUUUAGAGACGCUAGAGAUGGUGUUUGAAACCAGAGACCUAAACUGGGAAGAGCAAACAGCAAAUGGUGACCAGGAAGCUCAAAGCAAUAAACGAAGGAGGAAAUGUCUGGAAACCAAAGGCAGCAGAACAGAAGAAGGAAAUACAAAGCAGAGAGAGGAGAAUGAGAUGUUGAGAAAAGAUGAAGUUGGAUCAGUUCUGACUCCGGAAAAGAGAAGUGAGAUUAAGGAAGAAUCAUCGGUCUCGAACCACAACAAACUUGAAGAUGACUCCAGCCAUCUUCCUAGCAAACUUCUGUUGACUGAGUUUCGAUCACUGGUUGUCAGCUGUCCAAGACCGAACAGCCCGACUAUUAGGAAUACCAAAUGCAAGGGACAGAACAAUUUCAAAACAUUCAGAAAGGUCCCUUAUCCAGGAGCUGGGCAACUUCCAUACAUUAUUGGAGGAUCAGAUUUGGUUGCUCACCAAACUAGAAAGAAUUCAGAACUAGAAGACUGGUUAAGAGAAGAAUUGGAGGAACAGAAUCGACGUGCAAGAGAAGAAUCACUUGCUGAUGAUCUCUUUAGAUAUGAUCCCAAUGUGAAAAGGAGAAGAUAAAUUGUGACCUGAAUUUACAGCAAUUCUGUAUCAAAAUAUUCUUUCUGCUCCACUGAUGUGUUUGCUGGUUACAACAUGUAAUAUAUACACAUAUAUGACUAUCUGAGCUAUCUGUUAUUGUAUGACUUGUUUUUAAACCUUGCUUUUAUUACAGAAAAAGAAAAAUUUCUUUCAAGGAUUGUACAUGCAAGACCUUAACGUUUUUGUUUCAGAGUAACGCUUAGGAAAAUACUGCAUGUAUUUAGGAUUUAAUUUCAGGCAGCUUCUUUCUAAUGUUUACUUGUCAAUACUAUUGGAGGGAGGAGGGGGGAAUGAGAGGGGAAAGAAAGGAAGCUAGGAUCAGGCUUUUUUAAUUUUAGAAAGGCCUUGUUAAUUAAUUAGCUUUUUGUCUAUUAUCACUUUUGCCUUAAGGUGAAAGUUUUUGAAGAAGGCAUAAUCAAGACAAAGAAGUUACACCAAACCUUAAAUGUUUCUUAUUUACUCAGGCACAAGUUUAAUACUAAUCAACUCCAGCUUCUUCCUUUUCUUGAAGUUGGUAACAACAGAUUGUUUAUAGAUAAACACCAAUUUUUUGUGAUGGCAAAUAUUGAAACAAACCUUUGUAUUAAAAAAUGAGAGAUCUUGCCUCAUUAUCAGUAUUCAAAUAGUCAGUAUUUGCUUGAACGUCCUUCAGCUGGGCUAGAAAUGGUCCUGUAAACUCAGGAAAAUUUUACAACAGCAACAAGCAGUUCAGUUUUGUUUUUUUUUUUCUUUGAGAGGGGAGAGAGGCAAAGAUUGUUUCUUUCUCCACCUAUUCCCUUUCCUUUGCAAAUAGAAAAGAACUGUGUUUGUUUGAAAAUGGCUGUUGUUUCUUCCUUACACAAAUUCUUCUUAAAAAGCUACAUGAUGACAAUCAUUUUACAGGAGUUUAUAUACUUUCCUAUAGUAUCACACGAAAAUCAUCAUAGAAUCAUCACGGAAUGGCCUGGUUGAAAAGGACCACAAUGAUCAUCAAAUUUCAACCCCCCUGCUAUGUGCAGAGUGGCCAAAUCAGCUUUAUUAAUUUCUCCAGAGUAUAAAUUUGUAAAUUGUUUUCAUUUGCAGUAGAACUUGAGACAGAUGAGGAGGAAGGCUAGAUUUGAUGAUUUUCACAAUGAUGAGACUUGUGUUCAUUUUUUUUUUAAAUGCAAUAGGACACUGUAGUUAAGGGAAUUGCAUGUAAGUCUUGUGCUAACUGUUAAGUGCAGAGUGCUGUUCCUUUCAAGGGACAUGAUCAGUUCUACUUUCUGAGCUACUCAGGAUAUUUUUUAUAUAAGAUUCAUUUAACAGAAAAGAAGUAUGCUUCAGGUUGAGAAGCGUGAACUACUCCCCUCUUUGAGCUGACAGUUACUACUCAUUAUUUUCAAUAGAAUACCAAUGUCAGUAGAUAACAGCUGUCCAAAUACUGCUUGUAGGGACUUGUCCCUGAUUUUUAGGAUUGUAGGAGCUUUUCCAUCAAUGAAAGAAGAAAAAAGGUGAAAAUUCCAGAUCAGGUUGUGGCAGGGAAGCCAAAUAAACGCUGUUGCUUUUUGAAAUAAUGUCAUUUUUACGGUCUUGAAAAUUCAGGCCAAGAGAAAUCAAAGGAGCUGGUCUCAAGAGGGAGAAAAGGAAGUUAAUUGAAUUCUUGAGCUCUUUUUCAGGGAUAUUGUUUUAAGAGUUAGGAAUCUAUUAAGAGACUUAAGUGUAGCUAAUGCCUAAUGAUGGUAGCCUUCUCAGUGGUUCAUUAAGUAGAACAAGUAUUAGUGCUACUGUUCUAAAAGAUUUUGGAGCUGGAAAUAAAUCAGCUUUUCUUCAUCAUACUUAAGUUCAGCUCAAAAAGCCUUGAGGUUGCUCACUUACAUAAAACUGUGAUGAAGAUGAACAGUAGUUCUGUCACUGUUUAUAAGGUGGUAGGAUUGCUUUUCUUAUGUGUUGUGAAUGAAUCUUUAACACAGCAGUCAAGGUGAACUAGGCUAUUUCAAACCACUAUGUCAUGUUUUAACUCUGAAGAACAAUGCCCCAAGAUCUAUGUAUGUCAGUAGCAAUUACCCUGAAGUCAAACUGGUUACAUGGUCUCAGACAAAAAAAUAUUCUGUGUUCAAAAAACAGUUGUUCCUCAUUUUUGUCUUUAUGGAUCCUUGACUGCUCAGGGAUGGCCAAAAUGAUACACAAACUGGAAGAUCGAUAACUCUGAAUUCAGCAGAUAGCCAUAAGGUUUGUUGGUACUGUAACUUGCAUCACAGUAAGGGCAGAUCUCAUCCACCCACCACCUUUAAUGGUUCUUCAGCUAUUGAAGUAUUUGCUGGAAGAGAUGUACUUAAUAUUAUAUUAUUUGUUGUACUCUCAAGGUGAAUUUUUCUUAUCUCAAAAUUUCCAUGUUUUUAUGUUUAAAGCUCUCUGUUCUAAUGGAUCUGAGUCCUUGCAGACUGCUGAUGAUGACCUUUUUGAUAGCAGUUAUUAAGCAGAAUAUCAAAUGGACAAGAUCCUUCAGAAAGCUUGUUUACCUCUGUAUAUAAUCAAUAGAAAAAAACCUCUUCUUUCUUGAGAAACUCCUAAUAAAACAUACCAUGGGCCUUAUAAAAGAAUGUAAAAAGCCAAGUCUUCUGCUACUCAGACUGCAACUUGAGCAGCCCCAGAGGCACAGCUGAGACCACUCUUGUGUUCACAUUAUAGCAGUUAGGGCUUCUCACAUCCAGUUCCCCAGGUAGUUGAUUUAGCAGCCUUGAUUCUUUUUUUCAGUUUAGCAUCAUAGAACUGAUAGACUCAGCCAUCAUGCAAUUAGGUGAGCACCUACAUAGAAGUACUUGGAGGGUUCCUCAUAAACCUUGUGAUGUUUUCUCUGUGCCAACAUUUCUCUGCAGUCUUUCACAGGCAGCUGGGAAACUACUUUACUGGGAAAGGUGGUUUCCUUGUUUCUCCCACUGUAUUAGAAAUUACUGCUGCUGCUCUGGGGCUGCAGUUCUCUCCUUGGAGAGAUUUGUACUCACACAUUUAAUUUCCCUGUAUCGUAUCUCUAUACAGAGUAACCUUACCUGAAUCGUAGCAUUUUACUGAGCAUUGUGUAGUUCAGAACAACUGCUGCUGCAUGCUUUGGUUUUACAGAUGGUUUCUGCCCUGUGGUUUCAAUAUUCAGAUGAACAUAUUUUUUUUUCUCUUAGUAAGCUUGUAUGGGGUUAACUUCACAUCUGCAACUAAAAAACAUUUACUAAUCUAACUUGGACCUCUAAGCUUUCUCUAAUCCAAACCACAACCUGAAAGCAUAGCACAUUUGACUGAGUUCUGCUUAUAGCUAUAUUUUUUUGAUAAAAAAAAACAGAAGCUUUAUCUACAGCACUUUCAUUUUUCAGAGUAAUGAACACUGAGGAGCUGCGGAUCUGCUUUU